AAAUCGAUAGUUCACUCUACAUCGUUGGAGAACCUGCGUAGUACCUGUUGAUUUUUCCUCAAAACGUUUCUCUCCACCGCAGAUAGAAAGCGGAAAAACCCAAGUAAAAUUAUGCAAAGAAGGAUGCUUAGAAUUCGAUUUUUAUGUUGAAUUAUGUCUACAAGUUAUGCUUAUGAAUACCAGUUAUGUUUAGACAUGGAGCAAAUUGGAGAGCCACGUAUAAACCUCGAGGGUUUCAAACCACUUACAAUAUUAAUGGAAGUGAUUGGAGUUGUAUUGGUAAUUCUAGUCCUUGUUUGGUGCACCACUUUUAGAGGUGGUUUUGCUUGGAAAUCGAAUCCAAAAUUAGAAUUUAAUUGGCAUCCUCUGUUAAUGGUUCUUGGAUUCGUCUUUCUAUAUGCCAAUGCUAUGUUAAUAUACAGAACACAGAGGAAUUCCCGAAAACGAAGGCUGAAACUAACUCAUGCUGCCCUGAUGUUUGCCAUUAUCAUAUGCGUUAUAAUUGCUCUUGUAGCUGUGUUCGAUAGUCACAACUUAAGUUCACCACCGAUUCCGAACAUGUACAGUCUUCAUAGUUGGGUCGGGCUUACUAGUGUAAUUUUAUUUUGCUGCCAGUGGCUGGCUGGAUUUCUGUCGUUUCUUUACCCAGGAUUUCGAGCACCGUUACGUUCCUCUUAUUUACCUAUACAUGUGUAUUUUGGCGUAGCUGGGUUCGUUGGCGUAAUCGCUUCUUGUCUUCUAGGGCUCAAUGAAAAAGCAAUUUUCACGCUAGGGGCCGAUUAUUCGAAGCUUGUAGACGAAGCGGUAUUAAUCAAUGUCAUCGGACUCUUCUUGAUCAUCUUUGGAGGUUUAGCGGUGUACUUGGUGGCCCAGGAACGCUACAAACGUUUACCUAAACCAGAAGACGAAUCGCUAGUUAGCGGCAGGCCUCAAUGAAUACUUACCGCGACAUAUACAAAAUUAAUUUGUCUUUCAAAUAUGUAAGCACCAUUCGUUUGUACAUUGCGUAAAGUUUUAAUAACGUUCAAACCAUUCCAGAUCUUAACAUAUACUUAAGACUUUUACUGAAUCAUCCUAUAAUUCUCUAUGUCACUUAACUAUAUUACACAAUACGUGUGUCUCAUAAAAUUGUUGAUUCUAAUUCUUAUAUGUAAAGUAUACUCGGACUACAUGAUCUUAUAAUUGUUUUAGCAUAUUUAUAUAAAUACAUGUAUACUAUUGAUCUUGUACUUAUCUGGAAUUACAUUUACGGCGAUUGAAAUGAAUGCAUUUAUCCCAAAAAAUAUAUGUAAAAAAAUAUUUAUCUCGCAAGCAUACUAUAA